AACAUUGUAACUUUGUUUUAGGACUAAUAGCAGAAUAGUCGUCUAUCUGUGUCCAAAACAUUGAUCAACAAAUAUGUCUCUGGCUGAUGAACUUUUAGCAGAUUUGGAGGAUGCUGGAAUGGAUGGAGAAGUUGCAAUGGAAGAAGAGCAUCAACUGGAAGAUGAUUCUGAUGGAAUUGAUGAUAUUGACGAUAUAGAUGAUCUUGAUUCUGGACAAAAAGCAACGGAUUCUGAAAGCAUUCAUCAUGUUGCAAGGUUGAAUGGAAGUGAUCAAUUCAAAAGAGUAAUGGGUCGAAUAGCGGAAAUUCUUGACAAAAAUGAGCCUGUAUCAUCAGCAGGUCCAGUAGAAUCUAAUCCAGAAUAUCAGCUUAUAGUUGAAUCAAAUAAUUUAACAGUUGAAAUUGAUAAUGAAAUCAAUAUUAUACAUAAAUUUUGCAGGGAUAAUUAUAUGAAAAGAUUUCCUGAACUUGAGUCUCUUGUUCCAACACCUCUAGAGUAUAUUCGAACCGUAAAGGAAUUAGGAAAUGAUUUGGAGAGAUGUAAAAACAAUGAAGUUUUACAACAGGUAUUAUCAAAUGCCACAAUUAUGGUUGUGAGCGUUACUGCUUCUACGACCCAAGGAAAACAGUUAGAUGAAUACGAAGAAAAAAGAAUUUUGGAAGCGUGUCAUAUGUCAGAGGAUUUAAUACUGGCUAAAAUGAAGAUUUUAGAAUAUGUUGAAGCCAGAAUGUCUUUCAUUGCACCAAACCUCACAAUCAUUGUUGGAGCCUCGACAGCUGCCAAGUUAAUGGGAGCAGCAGGGGGUCUUAUUGCCUUGACAAAGAUGCCUGCAUGUAAUAUAAUGUUACUUGGAUCUCAAAAGAAAACAUUAACUGGAUUCUCUAGCACUGCUAUAAAUCCCCAUACAGGAUAUAUUUAUUACAGUGACUUAGUUCAGAACAUUCCUACGGAUUUAAGAAGAAAAGCAGCAAGACUUGUUUCUGCCAAAGUAACUCUAGCGGCUCGAAUUGACAGUUUUCAUGAAGCACCAGAUGGCAAAAGUGGAUUCAAUUUGAAAGAGGAAAUUGAAAGAAAGUUAGAAAAAUGGCAAGAGCCACCUCCUGUUAAACAGAUUAAAGCUCUUCCAGCUCCAAUUGAUCCAGGACGAAAGAAGAGAGGAGGUAGAAGGUAUAGAAAAAUGAAAGAAAGACUUGGAAUGACAGAAAUGAGAAAACAGGCCAAUAGAAUGACUUUUGGUGAAAUUGAGGAUGAAGCUUAUCAACAAAACUUGGGAUUUUCGCUCGGUCAGCUUGGAAAGAAGGGAACUGGGAGAAUAAGAGCCGCACAAGUUGACAAUAAAACUCAAGUGAAAGUAUCAAAAACAUUACAACAAAAGAUUCAAAAGGCAAAUCGAGCAGGUGCCGCAAGCACUUGGGGAGGGAAAACAUCAAUAAGAGACAGGGGGAGUGGAACAGCAUCAUCUGUGGCUUUCACUCCUUUGAAAGGAAUUGAAAUUGUAAAUCCAAGUGCAUCGGAGAAACGAGUGGAUGAAGAAGCUUUGGCUGACGGUAAAAAGAGUUACUUCGCAAGUGGUGCUGCUUUUAUUAAAGUGGAAACUCCAGCAACAUAGUGAAGUCAAAAUGAGCAAAUGGAACUUGCUCGAUCUGCGUUGGCGAAUGGUAAUGAAAUACCCAAUUCCUGAAUCGCUCCUUGUAUUACUUGAAAAUUAUCACUUCGCAUGGGAUAAAAGUGUUGUUUUUUAUAGUUUUGGGGGCUAUCUCGUUGCAAACGAAGGGAGGUCAUUUCGUUGCAUUACUACUCCCUGCUUUUAAUCUUGAACAUUUGCCUCAUAUUUGUCAACAUUGUUAGUUUCAGGUAGUAGCUGCUAUCAAAAAUUAGAACAGUAUCAGAUUCGCCUAGUCCACCAUGAAACAAUUUGUUUUAUAGAACACUUAAUGUAACCGUGAUAGCAUAUGCUUACCAGAACUGGUUUGCUUUGGUUAGUCUCAAGUCAUGAUUGAGAAUAUUUUCACGAAUAUUGACAUGGUCUGUUUUGGAUCGAUGUGAUAGUUCAACCAGACCUUGUGUAUGUUGCUUUUUGAGUAGACUUCUUCGAAUCAGGAUUUGGUAGACAUUGAAAUUUUUAUAUCAGACUUUUGGUCAAUUUUUUACAAAUAUAUGUCCGAAUCUGAGAUGUA